AUAUCUAAGUUCGACAAAGCAAAGCAUCAACUAGUGAUGCCUAAGUUGCCAUGCUGAGCGAGUGAAACAUGGACGCUUUCGACUUGUUUCGGAAGCUUGGAGCAGGGGCGAAAUUUGACUUUAAAAGGUUUGGGAAAGAUGCCGAAAGGUUUAAGGUGUUGAGACCUCAGAGUAAGAACGGAGGAGGCUCUGGUGAUCCCCUGGCAGAAAUUGACUACUUCGGCACAGGGAAACAGGAGGACAGGUUUCAACUCAGCAGAGAUACCAGGGAGAGCGAGGAAGAGAUUUCUGAUGCUGAGGAAGAACAGACCUGUCACACUGGCAAAAGGAAAAGAGUAGUGGAGGGGAAAUCGUUGAAGAGAAAGAAAAAUAAAAGUGGGAAAAAUCAAACACAAGACGCCAGUGCCUUGGACGUUGGUGCCCAACAGGACGAAGAGGCUGGUGAGGGAGUGCGAUGGAUGUCUUCCCUGGAGAAAAAGGCAGAAGGGCCAGCGAAUGAGGGCAAGGGCAAGCCGUCCCAGAAAAGGCUGAAGCACCUUCACCAGGAGAAGAUCAAUCGUAUGAGGCAUCAGAACCGGAUCAAUGUCCAUGGCACGGACAUCCCCGACCCGGUCUCAACAUUCGAGGAGCUCCAGGAGGAGUACCAGCUGGACCCACGGAUCAUCCAGAACAUCCGAGCAGCUGGGUUCCAGACCCCUACGCCCAUCCAGAUGCAGGCCAUUCCCCUCAUGCUGCAUCGGCGGGAGAUUCUGGCAUGCGCACCCACAGGCUCGGGGAAGACCAUAGCCUUCUGCCUGCCCCUUCUCGCCCACCUGAAGAAGCCCGUCAACAAGGGCUUCCGAGCCCUCAUCAUCUCCCCCACCAGAGAGCUCGCCAGCCAGACUCAUCGGGAAUUGCUGAAGUUGUCGGAGGGCGUGGGAUUCAGAGUACAUAUUAUAGACAAAGGCUCUGACGCUGCCAAAAAAUUUGGACCCAAGUCUGCCAAGAAAUUCGAUAUUCUGGUGACCACUCCUAACAGGUUGAUAUACCUGCUGAAGCAAGAUCCUCCUGCUGUGGACCUGAGCAGCGUGGAGUGGCUGGUGGUGGACGAGUCAGACAAGCUGUUUGAGGACGGCAAGAAGGGUUUCCGGGACCAGCUGGCCACCAUCUUCCUGGCCUGCUCCUCCCCCCACGUCCGCCGGGCCCUCUUCAGCGCCACCUUCGCCCUGGACGUGGAGCAGUGGUGCCGCCUCAACCUGGACAACCUGGUCUCCAUCAACAUUGGACAGAGGAACACUGCGGCUGACACCGUGGAGCAGGAGCUCCUGUUUGUGGGCACGGAGAACGGGAAGCUUCUGGCCAUGAGGGACCUGAUCAAAAAGGGUUUCCUGCCUCCUGUGCUGGUGUUUGUGCAGUCCAUUGACCGCGCCCGAGAGCUGUUCCACGAGCUGGUGUACGAGGGCAUCAACGUGGACGUCAUACAUGCAGACCGCACCCAGCAGCAGAGGGACAACGUGGUGAGCAGUUUCCGCUCCGGGAAGAUCUGGGUGCUGAUCUGCACGGCCCUGCUCGCCCGAGGGAUCGACUUCAAAGGGGUCAACCUGGUCAUCAACUACGACUUCCCCACCAGUGCUGUGGAGUACAUUCACCGCAUCGGGAGGACGGGGAGGGCGGGGCACAAGGGAAAGGCCCUGACGUUCUUCACCGAGGACGACAAACCGCUGCUGCGCAGCAUUGCCAACGUCAUUAAGCAGGCUGGCUGCCCAGUCCCUGACUACAUGAUAGGCUUCAAGAAAAUUCACAGCAAAGUGAAGAGGCAGCUGCAGAAAAAGCCGCCCAGGAGGACCACCAUCCGCACCACGCCCCGCUUCCUCCUGAAGAAGGGUCACGGCAAGAGCAAAAGGAAUAAAGCAAAGACAGCAAAACCGUCCGAAGGCGGACAGGCGAGCACUGAGAACACCGCAGACUGAGGGACCGGAACUGCGAGAGACGACGGGAGAACGGAAGGAUGUGCGGAUCAAAGAGUGUUAAUGAUGCGAUUGACCGGGACUAGGGCUGCAUUUCAAUGUUCCAGAAAGUUUGGCCUUGGCCACCAGACUCAUCUUGGCUUUGUCAAGCCUUUGUAUUUUUUUUUUCAAUCCCAUAAAUCAAUAAAUUGCUCCGUGUGUUAUGUU